AUGGACGAAACCCUAGCCGCAGAAGCCGGUGCCGCCGCCGCCGCCGCCGCCGCGACGGAGGAGAAGGCGGUCCCGGAGCGGGAGACGGAGACGCUUGAGGAGGUCAUCUCGAGGCAUAGGAAGGAGAAAUCCAAACUCCAGGAUAAGGAAACAAGUCUGAAGAAAGCAGCUGCCAAAGGCAGCAAAGCUGAGCAGAAGGCCAAGAAAAAGCAGGUCGAGGAGGAGAUAUCGCGCCUCUCAGCUGCAUUAGAGGCGAAACAUGCUGCAGAGCUUGCUACUUUUGGGUACAAACCCGCAGAAAGCUCUGAAAAGGGGAACCUUGACACAUUGGUGAAGGCCAUAGCUGGCUUUUCUGUUUCUAGCAAUGCAGAUUCUGCGAAGCCGGGGAAGGCUGCAAAACGGCGAGAGAAAAAGGCAAAGGAAGAAGCUGCUCGAGAGCAGCGAAUUCAAGAAGAACAAACCAAUCUUGUCAGUGAUCGCAUGUUAGAAGACGGGAAACUUGGAAGGAGGCUUGAGCCCUUGGGGCUGACCAUUCAUGAGAUAAAGCCAGACGGCCAUUGCUUGUACCGUGCUAUCGAGAACCAGCUGUCACUCCAUUCCAAGGGCACUACACAGUACAAUCACCAGGAGCUACGGCAAAUGACAGCCAAGUAUAUGAGAGAGCAUGCCGCAGAUUUCCUCCCAUUUUUCCUAUCGGAGGGCAAAGCCGAAUCUGGACCAGACCCCUCGGAGAGCUUUGAAAAGUACUGCGAGGAGAUGGAGUCCACCGCUGCUUGGGGUGGGCAACUCGAGCUUGGUGCUCUGACACACUGCCUAAAGAAGCACAUCGUUGUAUACUCUGGCUCCUUUCCGGAUGUAGAAAUGGGCAAAGAAUACAACAAGUCAGGACCAGGAGGUGACCCCAGCAUCAGGCUUUCCUACCACAGGCAUGCCUAUGGCCUCGGCGAGCACUACAACUCGGUGAUACCCACUGAAUUAUCUUGA